CCUCAGAGGAUGAGGCCAGAGUCCUGCCCUGAGCUGGACAGCACCUUCUUCCUUUGUGCCAGGACACUGUCAGGACAGGCAGCAGAAGAGCCUCCAACAUGAACGACAUCUACAAGGCAGCGGUUGAGCAGCUGACAGAUGAACAGAAAAAUGAGUUCAAGGCCGCCUUUGACAUCUUCGUACAGGAUGCAGAGGAUGGCUGCAUCAGCACCAAAGAGUUGGGGAAGGUAAUGAGGAUGUUAGGUCAGAACCCCACACCAGAGGAGCUGCAGGAGAUGAUUGACGAGGUGGAUGAAGAUGGGAGUGGCACGGUGGACUUUGACGAAUUCUUAGUCAUGAUGGUGAGGUGCAUGAAGGACGACAGCAAAGGGAAGUCAGAGGAAGAACUGGCAGAGCUGUUUCGAAUGUUUGACAAGAACGCAGAUGGUUAUAUUGACCUGGAUGAGCUGAAAAUGAUGCUGGAAUCUACAGGAGAGGCAAUUACAGAGGAUGACAUCGAGGAACUGAUGAAGGACGGGGACAAAAAUAAUGAUGGAAAAAUUGACUACGAUGAGUUCUUGGAGUUCAUGAAAGGGGUGGAGUAAUCUGGUCAAAGAGAGAGUGAUAUUUUUGUAUUUCUUUGCAACUCCUCCGCCAUCUUGGAAAGCUGGAAGCCAAAUUGGAUGUAGUUCAUAAAAACAAUGGGACGACUUUGCAAGAUUAGAUCAAAUAUCAUAUUUCAAAGUUUCUGUAUUUUUCUAUCAUGUCUCUUGCAUUGUUGUAAAUGCAGUUUGUGACAACUUUUGGUGCCCAUGUAUACUGAAUUUUUGUAAAUGCAUCCAAAAUACUUAAGUCUUUUUUGUUUUUUUUUUGUUUUUUUUUUACAGGGGCCAAAUACUGCUCCCCAUUUGGCUGCUUGAAAUAUUAAUUCUGUAUUUGUCUUCAGCUAAAUUUUAUCUCUAAAGUGCCCCACUGAGUUUACAAAUCAUUUUACUGAGAGGCUGAUAUUGUUUACCUGGGCAGAAAAUGUGCAAAAAGCAGACCAUAUCCCUGAGUAAACACAGUUGUAUAGCAAUCUCUGCUAGACCAGUCAUAUUAUUAGAACAAUAUACUGGAGCCAGGCUGCACUCAUGUUAUGAUGUGCACAAUGAAUAUAUUUCUGUGUGUAUAAAAUGCCUUUAGGACCUUUUAUUCCCCUAUAUUGCCCCAGGAACAUCUGCAAGGUUGGCUUGAAAUUUGCAUUCAUAUAAUAAAAAAGAUGCAUUUGUCA